UUCCUCAAACAACAAAAACACCAUCACUUCUGAGCAAAAAGUCAACAACUGGGCAGACAAAGUCGAAGUAGAAAUACUUGACAAAGGCAAAAACAAGCAAAUAGACUAUGCAGAGGCCUCUUCAAGCAAAAACAACGAAAGCUCUACCUCUUCUCCAGAAAAAGAAACAACAAAACAAUACGUGAACUACAAUAUAAACAAAAGUCACGUGAGGGAGCCAAUUAGCUCAAGUGCAGAAACUAUAACUAAAACUAAGCCACUUGACUUUACAGAUAGCCUCGAAACUAACA